AUGGAGCAGGAAGGAAGAAGGAAGAAGGAGGCUUCAAAGGAGCAGACGGCGGGGCCGGCGUGGGUCCGAGAUGGGGGCUCUGUUCAGGGCUGCUCGGUGGGGCUGGCGCUGGGGCUGGGGCUGGUGCUGGUGCUGGUCUGGGUCUCUGGGGCUCCUCGGCGCGUCCCUCCAAGGCGGGGGUCCGGCUUUUGGAGGACGAGGAGCUGUCGGCCUCCGGGCUGCGCUUCGGAUGGAGGAACCUCAGCUGCCCGGCCUGCAAGCCCUCCUUCGCGCCGCAUCGACCUCAGCGUCCAGCUAGACACCGGUGUGGAGCACAUCCGACGGCUGGCGGUGGCCACCUGCGAACGACUCCACUUGGCCCGCCCGGAGGUCUGCCAGGAGAUUGUGGGCAUCUUUGAACAUGACGUCCUGACAGCCUGGAUCCGCUCCAUCCUGCGCCCAGCAGAGAUCUGCGGCCUCCUGGUUGGCUCGAACUGCGGCCACUGGGACAUCUUCUCGGACUGGAAUGUCACGCUGCCCCAGACUCCCAAGCCCCCUGUCCAUCCCCCAGUUCCCCCACGCCCCGGGGCCCCCACUGCUCGGAUCCUCUUCCUCACCGACCUCCACUGGGACCGGGGCUAUACCCCAGGGAGUAACCCAGCUUGCAAGGACCCCCUCUGCUGCCGGGGGGGCCAGGGCCAGGGGCUAGGAGCUGGCUACUGGGGCAGCUAUAGCAAUUGUGACCUGCCCCUCCACACCCUCGAGCAUCUCCUGGGGCACUUGGCCACAGGGGGGCCGGCUGGUGGGCCCUUUGACCUGGUUUAUUGGACGGGGGACAUCCCUGCUCACAACGUUUGGGAGCAGAGCCGGGGAGACCAGCUGCAAGCCCUCCACACUGUCACCACCCUCAUCCAGAAGUACCUCGGACCACUGCCCGUCUACCCAGCAGUGGGUAACCAUGAGUCCGUGCCUGUCAACUCCUUCCCACCGCCCUAUGUGCCAGGUAACCAGUCCUCCAGGUGGCUCUACGAUGCCAUGGCUGACGCCUGGAGACCAUGGCUGACCCCAGAAGCCCUGGACACCCUCAGGUUGGGGGGCUUCUACACCCUCUUGAUGAGACCGGGUCUGCGUCUUGUAUCCCUCAACAUGAACUUCUGCUCUGAAGCCAAUUUCUGGCUCCUCAUCAAUUCCACAGACCCAGCUGGGCAGCUACAGUGGUUGGUGAAUGUCCUGCAGAAGGCUGAGGAAAGCAGGGAGAAGGUCCACAUCAUUGGGCACAUCCCUCCCGCCCACUGCAUGCGCUGUUGGGGCUGGAACUACUACCGCAUCAUCAACAGGUUUGAAGGCACAGUGACCGGUCAGUUCUUUGGCCACACCCACGUGGAUGAGUUUGAGAUGUUCUAUGACGAGGAGACUCUCUCGCGCCCUGUGGGCAUUGCCUUCGUGGCCCCCAGUGUCACGACAUUCAUCAGCCUCAACCCAGGCUACCGGGUCUACCACAUGGAUGGCAUCUACCCAGGCAGCUCCUACAUGGUGGUAGACCAUGAGACCUUCAUCUUGAAUUUGACGGAGGCCAACAUUCCUGGGGCCAAACCCCAAUGGCAACGUCUCUACGGGGCCCGAGAGGCAUACGGUUUUCCCGUCGCCUUCCCGGCUGACUGGGACAUUCUGCUGAAACGCUUUGAGGUGGACGAGCAGCUUUUCCAGCGAUUCUGGUACCUGAUGUACAAGGGCCACCCACCUCGCGAGCCUUGUGAGGAGACCUGCAAGGCUGCCCUGCUCUGUGCCCUUCGCACUGGCCGUGCUGACGACCCCCACCUUUGCCCUGCCCAGACUCUCAAACUCCCCUUCCCAGAAAUCCAGGCCUGGUGGCAGCGCCGGCGGUUCUGUUAGUCUCAAAGGACACACCAGACGCUGGCUGUGAAGGUCCAUGCCCAGUUGUAGAGAGGAGGAAUCCACCCAGCAUGGAGCUGCAUCACUUCUCUUGACAUCUGCUCCAUGAUGUUUGUGUUCCCAAAGGAAGGGAGGGACUGGCGAUCUGUGCCGGACCUUCCGUUUGCAAAGUCAUGCAAUAUAGAGAUGGUUUGGGAUGGGACAGAGAAGCCCUCCAGAUGAAGAACAGCGUGGUCUUUGAGGACCUUGUGGAAGCCUGAUGGUGGCAGCACCAGUUCUGUUAGCCCAGAAGGAUGGAGAGCCAGGAGAGGCACUGACAUGUUGAAAGGCCCUGGUUUGAUGGCACUGGGGAGGUGGGUGUCUCACCCCAAUUUUGCACCUCCCCAAUGACUGCCUUGCAUGAGUGAGAGGUGCAAGCCAUCAUCUAGAGCCUCCCAACUGUCUGGGCAUGAGAGUGAGAUGGGCAAUCCUGCCCCUUUUCUUGCACAAAGUAAUCCCCACAAAGAGAACCUGAGGAAAAAUUGUGGGGUGGCUUCCAUCCCCAGCCACCCUCUGAUUCUUUCAUUUUGUUUUGCUAGCCCCCCAGAGGAAAGACUUACAUCUCACCUUGGUUCAUGCCAACCAAGAGACUCACCACCACCAUCAUCUUCCAGGGGAAGGGGAGAAGCCAUCCUCUGGCUCCUGCCCUCUUUACAGCCCCAUUCUAGGGUCAGGGGGCUGUUGUGGUUUCCACCUUGGACUAUGACUCUGCAGACCAAGGUUCAAAUCCUUACUUGGACAUAGGAACCCACUGGAUGGUCUUGGGCAAGUCCUGGUCUCAGCCUCAGAGAUUGGCAAUGGCAAUGGCAAACCCUCUCUGAACAAACCUUGCCAAGAAAGCCCCUGAUAGGGUUGCCAUAAGUUGGAGAUGACUUGAAGGCUCACAGCAACAGCAACGAUUGGACCAUGAGGCCAAAGAAGGAAGAGAGAGCAUGGUGGCAGAAGGGUGAAAGGGCAAUAGGGGGGCUGGUGAAGGGGGGCAGCCUUUGGAGGGCAGGGCUGGUGCACUUCUUUGUCACAUGGAAUAUAGUAUAUAAGCUUCACACACACACCCCACUCAUUUUUGGGGGUGACCAGGAGUUUUCCAAUGGAUGAGUCCAGGCCAAGGCAGGCAGAGCCCAGAAGCAGUGUCAACCACUCCUACCACCUAAGUGGACAACUAUACACACACGCACACUGUUUUGGAGGGUGCCACUCGGUCCCUCUGCAGCCCCGUCAUCAUUUCUUUCCUUGCCCCCCCCCACCUUCCAUCUCUCUCCCUGUUGCCAUCCACAGCAGCAGCCUUGUGUUCCUGGAGGGCUGGAAGACUGAUACACACAUGUGCAAUAAAUGCCUAUGUGAUUCUGCUUCAGU